CUUCAAGACAAGAGCAAGCAAAGCAAGACGAGAAGAGGACGGGGAUGCCUGCUGCGAUUGUGUUGCCGGUGACAGUGGCUGCAGUGACGGCGCUGCUGUCGUUCAUACUGCCUCGCACGCACCUCGGCACUGUCAUCUCGUUGGAGCCCGGGUUUGAUGCCAUGUUUGUGAAUUCCCACUAUGGCAUGGAGGUGCUGGCGGAAGGCUUCGAUUGGGCUGAGGGACCCGCCUGGCUGCCACACAACAACGCCCUCAACCUGGAGCCCGGCGUCGUGUUUUCGGCCGUGCGCGAGAAUGCCAUUUACAUCUACACAGAACACGGUGGCCGAGACCGGGAUGCUGGCGUCUUUCACGUCGAUACACACGCCGGAUGUGACGGCGAUGACUGCAAGCAGAUGGUUGAGCCUGGCACGAAUGGAUUGGUGUACCACGAGAAGCUGGAAGGGCUGAUCCGAUGCGAACAUGGCCGACGCGUGCUGGGAAUUACGCUUGCAGACGACAAGCACGUUGUUCUGGCAUCCUCCUUUGAGGGCCACCGGUUCAACAGCCCGAAUGAUGUCACCAUCAUGCCAAACGGCGAUGUUAUCUUCACCGACCCCCCUUACGGACUCAACUUCAAGAAUGAGACAGACAACUUUGAGGCGAGCGCUCAUCGCGACCUCAACUACAAUGGCGUCUUCCUCCUCACUCUCAAGCAAAUGCAGGCUGCCAUUGCCUCGGGUUCGCCGCAGGAGCCAAAGCGCCUGCGAAUGUUGUCCAAGAUGGCUCGCCCCAACGGCAUCGCCGCAAACGGCACAAACGCCUUUGUCAUCAGCAACUGCGAAGCCAGCCCCCGCGGCUUCUGGGCGCGAUGCAAGCUUGAUACGAGCGGCCACACCAAGUGCAAGACAUUUGCCGAAGUCAAGGAUGCAUAUGCGAAAUACUUUGGCAAGCCCGACGGCCUCAAAAUUGACAGCGAGGGCCGGCUUUGGGCCACGGGACCCGGCGGCGUCCGCGUGUACGACCAGCAGGGCAACUUGCAGGGCCUGCUGCUCACUGGUCGAAAGACGGGCAACCUAGUCUUCAGCCCGGAGCCAGACAACGCCUUGUACAUCACUGCGGAUAACAUGCUGCUGCGCAUGAGGCUCAAGCACAGCAUCGCCGCCUAGUGGCUCUGCUCAUCGUCCUGCCCUUCCUUUGCUGCCGCGGGCGACACGCGGUCAAAGUAUCCUGCCAACCAACAAAUCAAUCAAUCACCACAAUGUUGUUACCUGUUGCGUGAGCAUGCCUCUGGUUCAGAUGCUCUGUUUGUUUCGUUACUUCCGCGUAUUGUGUGUGAGUGAGUGUGUGUGUGUGUGUGUGUGUGUGUGUUUCGUG